AAGCUGAUAAGGGAAAUUAAGUUAGAAAAAAAAAAGGAAAGGAAAUUGAACAGAAGUGUCUCAGGAAUUGAAGAAAAAUAAAUAAGAGGAAAUUAAACCGAAAAAAAAGGGAAAUUGAACCGAAGAAGCACCUCAGAAAUUGAAAAAAAAAAAAAAGAAAAGAAAAUUGAAUCGAAAAAAAAUAUUAAAUCGAAGGAAAACAAUAUCGAAAGAAAAUAAAAUAGAAAAAAAUAAACAAUUGAAACUAAAGUGAAUAACGAAAAAUUUUGCUUCUUAUGUUGAACUAAACUAACUAGCCCCCCCCCCUUCCCUCCCUCCCUCCCCACAAUGCACUAAUGUUGUGGAAGAGAAGAGAGAAAGAGAGAGACAGACAUUGAGGAUUAGUGAAUGAAGUGAGACUAAAUAAAUGCGGUGCUGAAGAAGAUUUAGAAAGGAAAUAGUUACAAUAUUGCUUUUAUAUAGAAUCUGAGUUAAAUUGCUUGUUUGUUUUUUGUUUUUUUUUAUAUAUAUAGAUUCAGUGUGUAAUUUUAAGACAUCGACAAGAAAUAUCGAAAAAAAUAAAUAAAUAAAUAAACAAUCUUAGCAAAACAGAAACAACAGAACGUGGGAACUGAAGAAAACAGAAUAAAGGAACAGAAGGAAAUAGACGAAGAAGAAGAAGAAGAAGAAGCACAUUACCUAAGGCAGACGAACCAUCCCAGGACCUCAGCAACUUAAUAAAAUAAGACACACAAUAAUAAAUAAAUAAAAAAAUAAAAGACGAAGAAGCUUAAUACUAAUAGUAAGAAGAAUAAACUUCACUACAAGCACAUCAAGACACUGAAAGAAGGAAAGGAAGAACCAUCCUAACUGCCCACCAUCACUAGCAUACACCAGCGGACACCAGCAGCCCCCCUUCAGUAUGCCAGCACAUGAGCACCAAGACGAGGCUGACGUGAUGGCAACCGUGGGCGCCCAGUACCAUUCCUCUGGCAACGGAACCAUGUCAGCCAGCAGCGGAGUGUCCAGGCUCAGUAUGAUGCAGGCUCGUCUUCGGGAGCAGCUGAUGUUGGACAAGGAGUCACGGCUGCUGCAGAUGGCGGCGCGGCGGGAGGAGGAACAAGAGGGCACCAUCAAGCGAGUCACUAAGUCAUCAGGCUCCACGCUGUCCUCCUCCCUGGCCUCUCUCUCCUCCCUCAACUCCUCCAUGGGGGGGCCGGGACGCGUCAGGCAGAUGUUCCAGGAGCGGCGGAGUAACGGCUACGGCACGAGUCCUGUGGGGCGCGACAAGAGCUAUCCGCUGGAGCCCGUCAGGAGCGGCGGCAGCGGCGGUGGUGGCGGUGGUCGUCCUCCCGUGAAGCCGGUGAAGGGCAUCGUGCGGAACAGAGGCGUGAGCGUGGACCGAGGCAAGGCUGCGUAUGACCCUGAGGUGAUGCGACGCUCCCGCAGCCACGCCGCCUUCCAGAACAACGCCAAUAACAACGUCUACAGCACCUACAACAACUACAACACCUACAGCUCCCACUACAACGGAGAGCAGCGGUCACCAGCACGCUCCCUCAGGCCUCCACAGGGACGCCAGCUGCAGCACCACAAGUCCACUUCCUCGCUGCUGGACGCCAACCAGAACUACAACGGGCGCACCAGCAGCAGCAGCAGCGGCGUGUACAGCAGGGGCCCCUCCAGAGACCAGUCACCCGCCCCGUCACCCUCACCCAAUGCUAACCGCUUCGGCUUCCGUGGCCCUCCCUCCAGAGGCGCUUCCCCCGCCCCGCCCUCCCGCACCUCUCCCGUCACCUCACCCUCAUACACCCCGCACAAAACCGCCGCCAGUACACCCCAGCCACCCCCCAGACAACGGCCGUCACCCCCGUCCCGUCAGCCGCCCCGUCAGCCAGUCAGACCAGCGAGGAACCCCCCCGUCAGAAGCUCCCCGUCUCCUGAUGAUGUAGAUGCAACCCCCGCCAGGAACACUAAGAGCAAGGCACCUUUUGACGGUCCACCCAUCACACAGGUCAAGAGCUUCAAAGCCACGCCCCUUCCAUCCACCCCCUCCAAACCCACACUGGCGCCCAAGCCCAAGACCACUGCUGCCGCCACUGCCCAGCAGGCCCCCCGCCAGCCCAAGCCAGUCCCAGGCCUCGCUAGCUGCAAGAUUUGUGGCCGCAACUUUGCCCCUGACCGCAUAGAGAAGCACGAGACCAUCUGCUCCAAGUCCCAAGCCAAGGCAAAGAAACGCAAGGUGUUCGAUCCGGUGAAGAUGAGAACGAAGGGAACAGAGGCUGAGAAGUAUGUAACAAAGGGCAAGCACCUCCAGGACAAGCCAAAGCCAAAGAAGAAGGACUGGAAGAAGCAGCACGAAAACUUCAUCGCCACCAUCCGUGCAGCAAAGGCCGGCACAGAGGCGCCUCCCAUGGACAACUCAGACUAUGUGGAGUGCCCUCAUUGUCUUCGCAAGUUCUCCGAGGAUGUGGCUGACCGGCACAUCCCCAAGUGUGCCAACAUCACCAGCAACAAGCCCCCACCACUGAGGCGACGACGGUAGACACUGAAGGGAUGCAGGCAGCAGCAGGGAGGGAGGGAGGAGGGAGGGACUGUCUUGCUUGAGUGUCAGUGGGGACUGUCUGGUUUGGGUGAGGAAAAGCACAGUGAGUAAAGAUUGAAGAGGUGGGGAGCAGUUGGUGAGGACUAGUAAGAUGGUGGGAAGGGAAGGUGUUCAGUGCUUUUGAGUUGUGAGUGGAAACUGACAGGGCUGCAGAUUAAGCAAAAAAUAAAGGACAUUUUUGCUUAACACUAAUCCAUGUAGAGAGAAGCAUGGUUGUAAAUUUGCUGUAGGUCAGUGGCAAGACUAAGCAGGAGAGAGGAAAGGAGGGUACUCAACAACAUCUCCCUGGACCACAAACUGACUGGGGCACUGAAUGAACAGAUCAAUGAAGCUUAUUAUUUUCAUUUGGCAUUAAACCAUCAAUAAUUAGAGGGAACCCACCAAGAAGCCAAGUAAGUCCCCAAGGCCCCAGAGUCCUCAGCUGUGCCCCUGGUGGUGGUCACAAUCCAUUGGUGAUGAGGUUGCAUGACUGUCAUGCUCAGAGGGGGAAGUGUUGACAAUGUUAGUGUGUAUCAAUAAAAGUCUUCACUUGUUAGGUCAUGCCAGACUGUGUAGGGGUCAGACUGUAGAUACUGUGCGUGUCACCUUACCCUGAGAAAUGCACAUGGGAAUUCACAAUCAUUGGACCACUUCAGUUGCAUCUCUAAGCAUGCAGAGAGGAAUGGCUCAAGUGUGGAGGGACGUGUGGAGGCUUAGCACUUACAUGACCCCAAGGGAACAUUUCCAUAGUUACAUUUAAGGCAAACCAUGUGAUAAUAAUGUUCCAAUACAUACUGCUGGUUCUAGUUAUCCAAGAGUGCUCGUCUCGCCCGUUGUGUUUGGCGGGAGGGAGGGAGUCACUCAAGGCAACACAUGUAGGCUUGACUAAUCAUUGCCUCUGCGUCUGUGGCUCCUGGUGGCCUGGCGGUGCUCAGAGAUGCUCAGUAAGGAUAGAGAUACCAGGACCACUGCUGGACUGCUGAGAAUAUUUUGUAAAUGUAGACCAAUAUUUCCUAACAAACUGUGUGUGUGGAGAAAGAGAGAGAGAGAGUGUGUGUGUGUGUGUGUAUGUUUGUCAACUAUAUGUACAUUUGGCUGGUGCAUUAAUUAACCCACCUUCAGAUCCUGCUUAGUGCAGUUUUAGGUCCCUUUCUUUUUAAUAUCCCCUCCAUGAAUUCAUUUAACAAUCCUAAGUUCAGUUUCCUAGGUGUACAUAGUCAUACGAGUCAUAUUUCUAUCCACCCCCCCGAGUUUAAUGGAAAUAUCAUUAUGAACUUACUAUCAUGUGUUUAUUAAUCAUUUGAGGUGCAGUGGUGUGUGGGGGAGUAGCAUUGUUGCAGGGAGUCCAAUAGGAGUUUAUAAUUGCUUACACAACAAGGUGGCUACAUUAUUUUCUUACUCGUGUAAAAGAAUUAGUAGACUGUCUGUGAUACUUCUUCAGAAAUCAUUAGUAUAGAUGGAGGGGGAUACACGCCUUGCAGUGACGGAGAAACAGAGAGAGAGAGGGUGGUAAUUUGCAAAGAUGAGAGAGAGAGUGAGAAUCAAGGUGGUAAUGUGCAAGGAUAUUAGACAAAAGGUAGUAAUCUAUAAGCCUUUAUAACUUUACUGACUAAAGAACAUCAGACUGGUGUAAAUUAUAUAGAAAUUAAGUAAGAAAGAGAGAGAAACAAGGUGGUAAAUUGCAAGGAUAAUAGACAAAAAGUAGUAAUCUGUAAACCUUGGUAAGUCUGACCAAGGCAUUAUUCCACCAAGGACGUUGUAUACGAGUCAACCUGAAUCACGGAUGAAAAAAAAAAAGCUACUGAUGAAAAGUUAAUUAUGAUAAGUACAAUGGAGGAAUGAACUGAAAAGAAAGGUCACUAUGCAACAAUUUGACCUUUGACCUCAAUUAGGGAAUACUGUUUAGUGUAAUAACUGGCGUUUUGCAAUAAAAAUGAGAAAAUGUA